CCGGGCUGAACCCGUCGAGUACUGCCGCCGUCGACGCCGCUGCCCAGGGCUUUUCUAUUGAAAACUCGUCCUUCACACACACCGACGGAAGUGCGGAUGCGGCAGGGUCAUCAUCCGCCACUCAGCAAGACCUUCUUUCGCAACCUUCAGCUUCUAUUGCUGUCCCUUCUUCGGAGCCAUUCACAUUUAAUUUGGAGCUCAACCCCUCAGGUAUAGGUGAAGAUGGCAUCAUCAAUCUCGCUUGGGGUGAUUACCAGGAGGCUUACGGUGGGCCCGACCAUGCGGCCCAAUUUUUGAGACUCUCGCCAGUGCCUCGGCUACGGACUUGAAUGCUAUGGGUUACGGUGUCGAUUCUGGUGACGUGUCGUUUGCCUUCGAUUUCAAUGGGCCGUGGAAUGCACCUUCAGCGUCGGGUUCAGGGGCAGGGACGUAUUCCUUUGAUGACCAGCGUCAGGUCAGUGGUGCCAGUGUUAGUGGAGCCGUCGCUGGCGUUGGUGAGGUUGAGGGGACCCAGUUCCUGGGUAAUUUACCUGGGUCCUUUGGGCAGUCGCCUUUGGGGACAUUUGACUUCCAAUUUGGUGGAGAGAGGACUGUGUCUGACGAGGCAAGAGGGCGAACAAUCUCUGGACCUCAACAAACAUCGUCAAGUAAUCCAUCUCCUGCACGCUCUCGUGACCCUUCGUCUUCAUAUCAGACUUCGAAUCGUAAUUACACUGGGCCAAUAGACAAACAGGUGGCGCAACCGAGCACUCCCGCUGAUGAAGCCCACGAAGGGCGAGGGCGGUCUUCGUCCGAUUCGUCUCGUAACUAUACGGGCCCCAUAGAUCUCUUCGCCUUCCAAGCUCAUCUUCAAGAGGAGCGUAAUUUUUCCGGGGCGAGUUCGAGUGCGGAGACUUAUCACACCGCGCACGGAGGCUCGGACCGCAAUAGGCCAUAUACUCCUCCAUCUGGGGCAUCGAAUGCCUCCAGACGUGUGGGCGGUAGCUGGAAACCUUCUAAGCCCCAAGUGAGGAAUACAUCAGCUGCGACGUCGUCGAGUGGUGGCGCACGAACCACGGCUCAGAGUCUCGUGGAUGGGAAUAAUAUUUGGGAAGAGUUUGAUUUUUCCUCGAUCCCUGCGUCGUCAUCGAGUCGUACGACCAGUGCAGUCAGUUCCAGGCAAUAGGGCCAGCUUAUUCAAAUAUCUAAGCAUAUGACCUGUAAUGAUCAACCAUCAUCAUCAAGUUAGCAUCACUGCUCUGCUACUCCUAACACUGUUCAGUUAACCCAUUGUUGCUCCCAAAAAAUCUAAGAAUCCUUCGUUC